UUCACUGCACGUCUGUUGUUAUGAAGGGCGUGGGCUUCGGUUUAUUUUGCAAAGCUUUCACCGGCUUCAUGGAUCCCCCGGAGGAAGAGGAUGCAUCUUCACUAUGCCGCUGCGUGUGAGCAACCGAACCCGAGAAGAAACGACGAGUUACGGACGGAUGCAUAUUGUGUCUGGGUUUAUCCGCGGCGUCUGAACGGUGGACACGUAAACGCAGCACCUGCCUUACAUAGUUCCGACCAGAUGCGAAUCAGUCAAGAAAUAUACAGGGCCUUUUCAGUUUUUCUACAGCUUCACUUAGGAAUCUGUUGUCUCCAUAUGGCUUUUGUUAGCUAGUCAACAUUUAGAGAAUAGUGUGAAAGCCGCUGUAAUAAUAAUGGCAGUAAGCACAUCAGAGCCGCUGUGUAACCCGUGUGUUUACCAUGACGCGUUUAAAGUGGAGCUACAGGUGAGGAGACCCCUGAUGCCCGUCCAUCUGAGUCCAGAGCAGGUGGGCUUGGAGAUGCUGUGUCUAUGUGGGCAGCUGGACCUCCUCAUCAGGGCACAGACUCAGCAGUUCCAGGAGCAGUUAGGGCAUGGCUGUAGCCCAGAGGAGUCAGACACUUUCCAGGCUCAAGGAUCAGAGAUUCUUGACCAAAUGCUGCAGUGCCUUGAACAUCUACCAAAGCCAAUGCCACAGCUAGAGGACUACCUGGACAUGGUGGGUCUGUCAGCUAUGUUUCCCCGUGUAGAGGUGUUCUUGAUUCAAGGCAGUCCUGUAGACAUGCUUGAGAGGCCACCGAUGGAUGAAUACUUCUCCUAUAUUGCCAAACUGAACCAGCUCCUGGUGUUGAGCCAACAGCUAGAAGAGGACAUCCGGCACCUUGGAAGUCACAAAUACAUUGCCCACCAGCUCUCGGUUAUAUAUCAAGUCAUCAGCUCUUUCAGAGGAAUUCGUACUUUCUCUGAAAUAAAGAAAGAGAUUGAAGCCAACUUCAAACAGAUGAAACAGUCUCUGGCAGUUGAGGAAGGCUCCAGGCAUGAACCUCAGCUGGCUGCUCACUAUAUCACCUGGAUAUUAGAAAUUACUCACAGCUUGACAUCGGUGGUACUGUCGCUGCCAGAGGAGUUAACAGACGAUCUUCAUCCAGCCAUGACCUUCAUGUCCCAGUUCCUGUCCUGAUGCACCAGGUUUCUUCAGUCUCCUGCAUCCAAAUGAACUGAUACUGAUGAGAUGACUGCGAAAGGUGCUACACAUUUCAGUUCAUACAAAUGACUGAUACUGGGAUACUGCAAUGUAAAUCAUUAACAUAUUAUGUGUGUUUUUAUAUUGUCCUUCUGAAUGUGGCCCAUAUUAAUACCUAUGGCAAGUUGUCUGGAAAUGAAUAUAAGUGUGUUCAUCCCCUCCUUGCACUACUGUUGUAAUUUUUUAAAAUUAAGUUAAAGCGGAACAAUAAAUUAUAUGCAAUAU